GGUCAUUAAACCGGAUCUUUCCUUUUACUCCCCUUUUUUCCUUUUAUGCAUUAUUACAACCUAACAGCUAUUAGGGUUUCAGAGAAGUGAAUGCUUAACAGGAGCAAUGACGAUACUCAACACAAAGCAAAUUCUCCAGGACAACAAAACAAACGAUUCUAACGCCAUUACAUCUCUCACUCUCACCUUCAAAGCUCUCUCCGAUGUCUCAUGCUUGAGUGAUUUCAAGAACCUAGAGAAGCUUGACCUUACUUUCAACAAUCUCUCUUCUUUAGAGGCGAUCAAGGUGUGUGUCAAUUUGAAGUGGUUAGCGGUUGUACAGAAUAAGCUGAGGAGCUUGAAAGGGAUUGAAGCGCUUACUAAACUCACUGUGUUAAAUGCCGGGAAAAACAAGCUUAACUCAAUGGAUGAGGUGACAUCAGUUAUUACCUUGCGUGCACUAAUUCUGAAUGAUAAUGAGAUUACUUCUAUACCAAAGCUUCAUCAAAUGAAGGCGCUUAAUACACUUGUCCUUUCUAGAAAUCCGAUCCAGGAAAUUGGUGAAUCUAUGACAAAGCUUAAAUUAAUUUCAAAAAUAUCUCUUUCUCAUUGCCAAAUUCAAACCAUUGGAUCUUCACUGAAGUCCUGCACUGAAUUGAGAGAGCUCCGACUUGCUCACAAUGGUAUCACGAAUCUCCCAGAUGAUUUGGCAUGUAAUACGAGAAUGCGGAUAUUGGAUAUAGGAAACAACUCCAUUCGAAGGUGGUCAAAUCUCAAGGUGCUGUCUUCAUUGGUAAACCUCAGAAAUCUAGAUCUACAAGGAAACCCCAUCACCGAGAAAGGGAAGUUGGCAAGAAAGAUGAAGAAACUAAUACCAAGCUUGCAGAUAUAUAAUGCUAAACCAAUAGAGAAAAUUUUGGAAAAUGAGGAUGGCAGAAUUAAUGAUUCUUCUGUUGAUGCUGGUAACAUGCGGGCAGUUAAGAAACCUAAGCAGCUAGAUCGGAGCAAGGAAAGUGGUAGCCUGGAAAAUGAUGUUGCUGGUCCAAGCAAAGACACUGAUGUAGAUGGUAAUGAAGAUUUUUCCGUGGAGAAGAAAUUGAAACCUAAAAGGAAGAAUAGAGACGUAGAACCCCUGGAGAAAGCUAAGAAACGACCAAUGUCUGAGGAUUUGAAACAGGAUGAUAACAAAUUUAAUAAAGAUGAUAAAUCUUCGUAUCUGAAUCCUGAUAUUAAGAACACUUUAUUGCUGGAAAAACAUGAAUUUAAGGUAAGCUCGAAGAAAAAAACUGGGGACAAGGUGCAACUCAGCAAAGAUAAGAUGAACGUGACCAUUGAUGAUGGAGAAAUUCCGUUUUCUGAUUUUUUCACGGCUGAUAUUGCUGAAAAUGCUGUUACUCAAAAUGAAAAUAUGAAGUUAAAACAAGACAUCCAUAGUGGAGGUGAAGCAGUGACCUUCCCAAAGAAUAAAAAGAAAAACAAGGGAGGAAUCUCUGGAGCUUCUGCUCUUCAGUCGCUGAUGCCAGCAAAUGAGAUUGGAUUGGGUGGCCCAUCAGCUUGGAAUGAGUAGUUCCUGCUGUUGCCUGUUGACUUGAGAGAGUACUAUUGGAUUUAGAACUUAUGCUUGUGUUGAUCACAAGCUUGCUGCGAUGUUGAUGGUUUGGUAUCUGCUUAACGGUGGUGAAGGGCAUAGGGCAUUAAAAGUUGUCCUUCUUGUGAUUGCUGGAUGGUACCUAAGUUGCUCCAUUGAAGGUUGCACAUGGACCUACAUAGAGCUUUUCUGAAACUUUUAGCAUACAUUCGCGACUUUAGUGAACAUUUAUUUAAGAUAUCUGCUUUAUUUUGAACCAUUUUUUUUUUUUUUUUAAAUAAAUUAUUGGCAAUACUUUUAUUAGCUGUAUUUGACAGAGGUUCAAUGCCGAGUAUGUACUUCUGGAGUUUGGACUAGUCUAGUCUAAUAUCAUUUAUAACUUUUGGACA